AUGACACUAGGGAGAUGCUGGUCAUAUCAUUGUAAGACUAGGCGAAGACUUCUGCGUUCUGAAGGGCCACAGAUUCCAUGUCCUCAAUGGGCUGAGCCUGUGGGUGAUAGCCUCAUCUCUGGGAUCAUCGGGUUGAUCCGCCCCUCUGUCGUUUGGCACGGUCGUUGGGGUGGAAACUGA